GUCGAGAGCGACACACUGCAUUAGUCAGCUACACAAAAGCUCAUUCAAACAAUGACAUCUUGCGUGGUGCAAGUUCAGGAGCUGUCGCGCCGCCUUCUCAAGCGUAUGCGACCUUCGCUGGCAGCAAGCACAAGCGCAAGCGUGGAGGAUCUCGCCGCAAACCGCGACUCGGCCACGAGCGAGGCGCUACUCAAAGUCUGCAAGCGCCAAAUCGAAUCCUCACCCCGCUCGUCCGCGCCCGCAAUGAUGGCCGACGAGCCGCUACAGGAGGAGAUCGUGGCGGCCACGCCUGUCAGCGAUGUUGUCGCUGGGCAGUGGCCCCUCGUCACCGGCUGCGAGGGCGUACGCAAGGCGCUCACUUUUCUACAGACCUCUCGCCAACACGCGCUGAUGCUGAUGCUGCAGAACCACUGGGAGCGUGCCGUUAGCGUGCUGGAGAAGAUUGAAAAGGCAACAGAGAGUGUCAGCGAGCAGCGCCGACAGGUCGUCAUCCAGCAGGCCAACGCCGGCCGCAAUGUGCUUGUGGAGAAGAUUCAGGAGCUCAAACUCACUGCCCCGCGUCGCACCGUGCGGUUCAGCGACGAAGUGGCGGUCGCAUAUGCAGAGGAAAUGGACCGUAAGUGUGACGAGGUGUCGGAGCCCGUCCGUGAAGAGAUGCUGGUGCUGCGCGCCUCCCGAAAAAUCCCGCACGAGAACCUCUCCGAGUUCUGGAACGAGUAA